AUGGCAAUCCAGAUCACACAGGAGCAGCUGGAUCAACUCUUUGGAAGAAAUCGUCAGCGAAGUGUUGGGGCCUGCACUGCACGUUACAGCGGCGAAAAGGAUCUAGAAAAAGUGCGAGAAUUUUUACAAGUGGUCGAUCUAUACAAAUCAGUGGAAGGCAUCUCCGACAAAGAAGCACUAGACAGUUUACCCUUAGUGCUAACGGGCGAAGCCAUCACCUGGUUGAGAGGUAUAGGAACUCUGGUGAAAACUUGGAAAGAAGCUAAAGAUGCCAUCGAAACACAAUUUGCACCAAAAAGAGAGGCAUACAAAAUAUUUAGAGAUAUUUUCGCCACACCUCAAAGAGAAGGAGAACCUCUGGAUGCGUUCUUGAACAAGAAACGAUCGCUUCUAGCUGAAAUCACCGCCGUAGAUGGAAAAGAAGAACUCCAACUAGACCUAGUAAACCAAGUGACGAAUUUCCAAGAUCUAUUAACUGCAGGACGACGAGUACAGGAAGAUCUAGGAGAAAAUCGCAAAGAUUCUAAGCUGAACAAAGAAAAUGACAAACGGAAGAAAUGCACAUUCUGCAAGUUUCCUGGUCAUAAUGAGGAUGAGUGCAGGAAAAAGAAAAGGCAAUUUACAGAAAGGAAAGAAACGCCAACAAGAUCACCUGAAAACACAGGAUCCAUUAACUGUUACGGUUGCGGUCGCCCAGGUGUUAUGAGAAGAAACUGCCCGACCUGUAACCAGACCUCAAGCAACCCAUAUGGUUUCUGUGCAUUACACAUGGCGCAGGUAGUGCAAGCUGCACAACCCACCCAAAUGAGGAAUAGAUCCAUGUUAGCUUCAAACAUAUUGGGAAUACCUGGAACAGCGUGUAUAGAUACCGGGGCACGAAUCAGCGUUGCCGGAGCUUCGCUCUAUCACAAACUUCAGCAGAAGAAGGUACCAUUCUCAACAAUCAAUGCCCAUUACAGAUAUGCUGAUGGAAAAUUGAGAACAGGACUAGUACUAGACAUAGCUGGCGGAACGUGGAUCUUCAGGGAUCAGCGAAAUAAAAAAUUCAGUUGGUUUUCUGAAGAAGAUGGAAAGAAACUAAACCCACCGGAAGGUUCAGCUCAUUCAGUCGUAGCAUCGGUUGAUGUUGAACCUCAUAGACUCUACAAACCCAUGACAGAAGAAGAAUUGACCGAGGAACAUAGACCAUCCCCUCUGUUCUGUCCUUCUCCUUCACAACAGAGAUGGAUGUGGGAAGCCGCUUUGCAUAAUGUAGAUGCAUGGUGGGACGAAACCAUGGACAUAUCAACACUUGAUAUCGUCGAUGAAGAGAUAGAUAAGAUGGUACAAGAGGAUCUCAUCGAAGAAAGUGAUUCGCCAUGGGCCUCACCUGUAGUGAUGGUGCCGAAACCAGGGGGAGGAACGAGAAUAUGCAUUGAUUAUAGAAAAGUUAAUGCUAUUACAAGAACAGACACCUACCCUCUACCACGCAUCGAUUACCUACUUAAGGAAACUCGAGGUCAUACCGCCAUUACGACAUUGGAUCUACGAGAAGGAUAUUGGCAGAUUCCAAUACACCCCGACGAUAGAGAUAAGACGUCCUUUAUUACUCCUUUUGGAACAUAUAGAUUCAAACGAAUGCCAUUCGGACUAAAGAAUGCAUCAGCCUCUUUUCAACGAAUGAUAGACCCAGUUCGUCGAUCACGCCCAAAUCUUCUAGUCUUAGCAUAUUUGGACGACUUGGUGCUACUAUCAGUCAGUACAGAGCAGCACAUAACCGACAUGAAGGAAUUAUUUCAAACAUUAGCGAAGUAUAAUUUACGACUCAAUCGUGACAAGUGCCAGCUUGGAUGUAGAGAGGUCAAGCUACUAGGACACAUUAUUUCACCGCAAGGAAUAAAGGCGAAUCCAGAUAAAGUAGCGGCCAUCAGAGAAAGACCUCGACCCACUAAUUUAAAGCAACUGCAAUCAUUUUUGCAGGCAUGCUCGUGGUUUCGAAAAUUCAUAGCUGAAUUCUCACCGAUAGCCCGUCCUCUUACAAAUCUUACCAAAAAAAAAAGUUUCUUGGCACUGGAGUAA